CCUGAUGUUGAACAACGUCCCUGGGAUGUUUCGACAUGCUCAAAUUUCCUUGUUCACUUCAUUCCAGAGGGGAACAAAUGCUAAUGACAAGAAUAUACGUAUUCCAGUCUCACGUACCACACGAUUCAUCAUCUUCACCAUCGGAGUGCUUUCAGAGCUCGCUACCUGGAUGUGCAUAGUCAUCUCAGGGACAAAUUUCAUCCUCACUGCGAAUACCGUCGAUCUCGUCAUUCGAUCAACGGUUGCUAUCAUGUUUGUUCAGAACGUCGAUGAAGUUGUGUUUGAUGCGUGCUGUCCGAGCGAAAUGUCAUCGAAUAUCGCAUCGACAAGAUACAGGAUUGUCUGGAUGACGUUGAUCCCCUGUAUCCCAAGCCAGAAAUCUGAGAGUGUGGAGUAUUUUUACGGACUUUUCUUUCAUUUGCCCUUCGUGAUUCUGACAUCAACAACCCUCGUGUUGGUUGUUCGCAACGUGCCACCUGCUUGUGUCCAUUUGCUGCCUUAGCAAAGCCAAGGCUGCCAAAAGGAUCAACAAACCUCAUCAAAGUUCACCCGACCGUGCAGACGACAUAAGGACUGCAGUUCUGUCUGAUGUGAAUAUUUCUUCCUUAUGGCUUCAAGAAUAUUGAUAGUUGUACCGUACAUUAUCUUGCUUUUUUCCAAGUUUUGCUAUUUUUAAAGUCGAAUGGAUCGCAA